GAACCAAAAAAAAAAAUUUGUUCUCUCAAAUGAUAGUAGUCCACAUUUACUAAUUCGAUUAAAAUGACGGAUAACGCUCGUAAUUCGUCCGGAAACGAAUAUCCACCAUCCGAAACUAGCGUAUCCGGAUUUGCCGAGGUUCAUUUAGAAGAUUAUGGCAGUGACGGUAUCGAUUACAGUGAACGGUUUUUUUAUGAAAACGGGUUUGAAAGUGAUACCGAAGCAAUAAAUUGGGCAAAGGGAAUUGCUAUACAGAUUGGGUUUGAGCUGGUUAUUUCGUCUCACAAGAAAGGGGGGUUGGUAAAACUUUUGAAAUGUUGUCGGGGUGAGAGAUAUAGAGGGUCGCACACAGAUUUAGAUUCUUUUGCACGAAAGAAUACGAAGACGAAGGCCUGCCAAUGCCCUUUCAGGAUUGUGGUGAAAUUUAUUAAUGGCACAUGGACUGUUCUUGCGAAGUCUGGGAUUUCAAGAGCGGACUGA